GAUUCAAGACCUGUACGGUGCGGUUCAACACCACGGUUACUUUAGAGAGUUUAAUCACCUACACACGUAACGAUACGAAUUUGCAUUUUUUAUAGUUGUUUUUUCGGUGUACUAUUGCCUUUUUCGGUGUUUGUUUCUAUUUUCUGUUAUUUCAUUGUUUAUUGGUAAAUUUGCUUUAAAGAAAUUUAUUCCGAAAUAAAAAAGAGGAAAACCCCACAACAGAAAUAAUUUAAUUGAGAUCAAGCGAAAAGGUUUACAAAAGCCAAAGGAAAAUACGCGGCAAAAGUUACAAUUGUUUCCAUAGAAAAGUAAGAAAAAGUUAACGUGCCUGAUUUGUAUCAUCAACAACAAUUCGGACCGACACUACCAGCAGCCACAGCCAUUUAUCUUUCCCCCGCUUCAUUAGCAUUCAAUGAAUUAUAGUUAACUGUUUCUUUGCGCUGAAAACAAGGUGCCUAGGCGCGAAACGAACCCAAAUGCAGAUACAACGACGCAUGUGUAAACAAUGAAGAGUAUUAUUUGUCAUCUUUCUAGUUAUAAUGGAUUUACAUUAAAUUAUGUGAUAUUAGUUUAUACAACAUUUAUAAUCUGCAGCUUUGCACACUCGCCACCUCCCUGUGGACUAUACGGUGCACCACCAUGUCGAUUUCUACCGGCACCACCAGGUCAAACGCCUUCAUGUGCACGGCCGGGCAAAACCUAUUGCGAGCACAUAGACAACUACCCAACAUAUGUGAUUAAACACCUUGUCCACAAGUGGGGAUACGAGGCCAAAAAUUUACUCGUCGAUGAGACGUGGGACGACUUUGCAGCUGUGGCGUGGCAUGAUACGCCGGUGUUUUAUGACCCAGCUUACAUAUUCCCCCAACACAAUCAUGGCAAAGACUUCAAUGGUUAUAACUAUGAGACACCGCCUUUCGGUGCCAGCGGUGGAAGUGGCAGCAGUUCGAGUGGCGUCGGUUCCACAAACAAUUACAAUGACGACCAUUAUCAGUACACCAAGUCGUCUUCCACAACAGAGGGUCCCACAUUUCUGUUGUAUACGUCGGCAGGUCAACGUUUAAACUUCAAUAAGAAUCAAAUGUCUUCAUUCGGCAGCAGCAACUCGAAGACCACACCCAACAAUCCCACCUUAUGGUUAAAGCGAAUUGUUCGGGACAUAGGCAGAAAAGCCACAGACAACGGGGCUAAGAAAUCGCUCAUCAUCGAUACAGUGGAUGGUGCUGAAGCUUCGACUCAUCAAUUAUCGACACGUGAUGUCUCUCUCAAUAUGGAUCUCUUAGAUAUUGUGGGCGUCGACAGAGGCCUAAGGUCGCGCGUGCGCCGACAAAGUCCAGGCCGCACUUCUCUCUGUCCAACCACAUCUCAAUUUAUUACACCACAAGCAGCACUUAACAGCAAAGGUAAUUGGAUGUUUGUGGUGAAUGAAGCCAGCACUGCCCGUCAAAUGGUUAAGGCUGAACUAUGCGCUUCAAAUACAUGUACGAAUCUAUGUCAACUACCGAAUGGUUACAAUUCUCGUUGUGAGCAGAAAUUUGUACAAAAACGUCUAAUUGCCUUGCAAGGCAAUGGUCAAAAUCUGUAUACGGAUAGUUUUUGGUUUCCCAGCUGUUGUGUGUGCACAAUAUCCGCCAAUUAGUACCAAACUAUUUAAGAAUAAUUAAUGUGCAUUUUUAUUAGUAUCAUUAUUUUUUUAUUCUCAUACUCCAUUGCAUACGAUCAAGUCAGAGAACAAAGUCAACUGAUCUUGAAUUAAUUCGAUUUUUGGCAUUUACUUAACAUGAAAUUUAUAAACCCAACUACGAAAAUCCUCAUUAAAAUUAAAAUAAAAGUCCAUAUCAUUUCCA